CACAGACUCUUCUCUCGACACUUGGUUUCUUUGUCGACUCACAAGCACUCGUUUUGCUACCUUGUCACACGACUCUCGAGUGUGCUCUUGGGGCUGAGCCGGCUUGAACCUCCUCUUUCACCAUCGUACACGGUACUUGCACGACCAGCCUCGACAGCGGCUCUUUUCACCCACCUCUCCACGCCCGCGGCCAUGGAUGCCAAAGAGAUUGAGGCCAAGGCGAAAGCCUUGACCAAGGCCGCCACGCAGAAUGAACCUGCGCCCACGAUUCUCAACAUGCUCAAGGAGAUCCAACAAGGCGUCAAGGCAACCGAGGACCUGCUGCGACAGACCCGCAUCGGUAUCAUUGUCAACAAAUUCAAGCAACACAAGUCCCCCGAGGUGGCACGGCUAUCCAGUGAGAUCGUGUCAAAGUGGCGGGUCGAAGUCAGCAAACAGAAGCAGGGCGGCGCAUCGGCAGCGAGUCGUGGCUCGAGUUCACCUCGGCCAGCACAAAAUGGUACUGGCACAUCCACACCCGCGGCGGCAACCCCGUCCGAUAAGGCGUCCAAAUUGUCCGUGCCGCCAGACAAGCGCACAUGGAAGGCCGAUGGAGUGGACACGGCCGUGACGGGGAACCGAGUGCGCGACAGCUGCACGGGAUUGAUGUACGAUGGGUUGUGUCUGGGCUCGACCGAGUCGCCCAAGACCGUGCUCGCCAAGGCAUCUGCCGUUGAAAAUGCGGCAUACAAGCUGCUAGGCCCGGAGACUAAGGAGCAAUACCGGACCAAGAUUCGCAGUCUGUUCCAGAACUUGAAGAACAAGUCGAAUCCGAACUUGCGUACCCGCGUGCUCGCAGGCGAGAUCACUCCGGAUGAUUUCGUGCGGAUGACCUCGGACGAGCUGCGGUCGGCAGAGCAACGCGAAGCCGAUGCCAAGAUCAAGAAGUUGAACAUGGACAAGGCUAUGGUGGGUCAGCCAGAGCGCAGUAUCAGUACUAGCUUGCAGUGCGGCAAGUGUGGCCAGCGUAAGGUGACCUACACCGAGGCGCAGACUCGCAGUGCUGAUGAACCGAUGACUCUGUUCUGUACGUGUGUGAACUGUGGCAAGUCCUGGCGCCAGUGAUUGGAAUGAGAGGUGGAAGUUAUCGAUCUCGAUACCUUUACGGGUCUAUCUACGAGGUCUGCUGGUCGGAGAAGGCUGCAAGUGCUUGUUUCCGUCGGAAAAGAAGGGUUUAUUCUGCUACCCUUUCUACGUGUCUUCUGUAUCUGCUUUUCCUUGUGUCACUCUUGAUGGAGUUUCCUAUCUGAUGCGUUUCGCGACCCUUGCCUUCUUUAUGGAGGCUGGCACUGGAGUUUGGUGCGGGCUUUGGGGGGGAAAGUGAUUUGACGUGGCUAUUACUGGGGCCAUUGUUUCCCCGAGUAUGCA